AUGGCAGGAUCUGACAGUACUCGACGCUCCAAAGCCGCCGUUCUCACUGCAGACGGGUCCGGUGUACAGAUUUGGACGAGAGAGGUCCCACCACCUACGCGUGCGUGCAUACUCAUAAAGGUCCUUAGAGCAGGAGUCUGUGGGACAGAUGCACAUCUCGCCAAGGGCGACCAAUCCUUCCCUGACCCUGUUGUGCUUGGGCAUGAAGGCCUCGGGCAAAUCAUCGAGCUCGGCGAGGGCGUGGCAACAGACCAUGCCGGCCAUCCCAUCGCUGUUGGAGACGUUGUCUACUGGAACCCCAUCAGACCUUGUAAUGCCUGCUACGACUGUACCAUCAGCGAGGACUUUACGGCUUGCACCAACGGCACGUUCUGGUCGCCUGCGAACCGGGCCGAGGUAUGGGCAAGCUAUACGGAACUUGCUACGUUGCUGCCCAACAAUUCAUUCUACCGCAUUGAUCCAAACGUCCCUCUGGACGCCUUCAUUGCAUUGGGUUGCGCUCUCCCCACCAUCCUGCAGGCUUUAGACCACCUGGGUGGGAUACCUUCAGGGAGCACGGUGCUUGUGCAGGGGGCCGGGCCUGUUGGUCUGGCCGCCAUCAUGAUGGCCAAGUUAGCCAACGCCAGGGACAUUAUAUGCAUCGAGGGCGUCGAUUCGAGGCUCCAGAGAGCCCAAGAAUUCGGGGCUACGCUGUUGGUAAACUUCCGGAAACCGGAGCUUUCCUCGCGGCAAGGCCGCCAAAGCUUCAUCAACAGCUCCAUAGGCCCCAGGGGGGUCGGCGUAGCCAUUGAAUGCAGCGGGAAUGCAGCCGCCUUUGAGGAGGGGAUUUCGCUUCUGGGCCGGUCCGGCAAGUAUCUCCUUGUCGGCACAUGGGCGGGGAACAGCACUGUCCCUUUCUGCCCCUUCGACGUAGUGCAAAAGGCCCUUACAGUAGUAGGUUCAACUUUUGCGUCCCCAAAGCAUUACUACCGUGCUGCCAGGCUCGUGGAAACCAACCACGAGGUGUUCCCAUUGGCUCAAUGCGUUACCCACAAGUAUACUCUUGAUGAGACAACAGAGGCCCUGAGAGCGGUUGGUGCCGGGGAGGUUGUCAAGGCUGUCGUGAUACCUUGA